CACAACGCUGCGUCGCGCUCCUACGUCUGUGAUCCGGCUGAAGAAAGAACAAAGUGUUCAAACACACAGGAAAAACUCCUGGUGAAGCAACCGAGAUCCAUGUGACACUAUUAUAAAGAUGGCAUUUAUUAAAGAGGAGAGUGAAGACAUGAAGAACGAAGAAGCAUUCAGAAUCAAACAUGAAGAUACUGAGGAACAAAUAAAGAUUGUGUUUAUUAAAGAGGAGAGUGAAGACAUGACAAUCGAAGAAGUCAAACAUGAAGAUACUAAGGAACAAACAGACCUGAUGGCACUGAAAUUGGAGAGUCAAGAAAUGAAUGAAAUGGAAGAGAAAAGUCUAAAUAAGAAACAAUCUGAUUUCGAGACUGAAGGAAAAUCAACUAGUUGCUCCCCGAAUGAAAAGACUACCUCACAAAUAGAAGCUCGAAAAACACGAACUACAAACGUAAUUUCCUACUUAAUAAUUCAUACCGGAGAGAGCUCUUUCACCUGUCAACAGUGUGGAGAAACUUUCAGUCAAAAAGAAUGCCUUAAAGUUCACAAGAAAAUUCACACUGAGAAGAAGCAGUUCAUAUGCUCUCAGUGUGAAAAAAGGUUCACGGAGAAAAAAAACCUUAAUGCCCACAUGAGAACUCACACUGGAGAAAGACCUCACACCUGCAAACUGUGUGGGAAGAGUUUCACACGUAACGGAAACCUUAAAACUCACAUGAGAAUUCACACUGGAGAGAAUCCGUUUGUGUGUGAUCAGUGUGGAAAGGGUUUCAAACAGAAAAAAAUCCUCAGUACCCACAUGAGAAUUCACACUGGAGAGAGGCCUUUCACCUGCCCUCAGUGUGGAAAGAGUUUCACACGUAAAGAAAAACUUCAGACUCACAUUAGAAGUCACACUGGAGAGAAGCCGUUCACAUGCGAUCAGUGUGGAAACAGUUUCAGAUAUAAAGAAAACCUUAAUAUUCACAUGAAGAUUCAUUCAAGAGAGAGUCGCUUUAACUGUCGUCAGUGCGAAAAGAGUUUCACAGACCGGAAACAUCUUGAGAAUCAUGUAGUAAUUCACAUUGGAGAAAAGCCUUUUAUGUGCCACCUCUGUGGAAAGAGUUGCUCAAGAGAAGGACAUCUUAAGGUUCACAUCAGAGUUCACACUGGAGAGAAACCGUACACCUGCCCUCAGUGUGGAAAGUGUUUCAGGUUUAAAGGAAACCUAAAGACUCACAUUAGAAGUCACACUGGAGAGAAGCCGUUCAAAUGUCUUCAGUGCGAAAUGAGUUUCUCGCAUAGCGCAGACCUGAAACGUCAUUUGCAAAUGCAUUCUGAAAAGAACAUCUCGAACAGAACAUCCCAAGGAGCAAUUUCUUGAGGGGUUCAGGACAAAAAAAAUGUUUUUUUAAGUUUAGAAACAUUUUGUGAAACUCUUGCCUCACAGUGGUUUGAUCCUCUGCCUGCUUUCCCUUUUUACCUCACCUGCACACAUACGUCCGGUGGGAGAGAACAAAGCUCUUUAGUAGUUGUGGAGCUCCAGUAAAUAGACUAUCAAGGCUGGUCUUUUCUCUUUAAUACAGAUAUUGUGGAGUCAUUAAUAAAUUAUUCAUGACAAAAAAAAAUUAUGACAACCAAUACAUUUCACUGUGUUAGCAAUUAUAACUUGAACUAGUUUUUCUGGUAGCUUGUUUAAUACAGUAGCAUGUUGGACAGUAUGUUCUACCUUUGUUUUGGGUUUUGCUCAAUAUGAUGGUAAGUGGCAUACCAGUGGGCUUGCUGCAGUUGAAUAUCUAAGUAAGAGACAUCCUCUGUCCCAGAUGAAAAUUAAAAUACUAUGUGGAGGACACAAGAUGAUUUAAUGACCACAUAGUAAACCUAUGAACCUAACUUAUAUUUAAACAACUAUCGCUUUGUGUUUUUGGCCAGAUAAUAUGACAGGGAAAAAAAAUAUAAGAUCAUUUUUUACUAGGGGUGUAACGGUACAUGUAUUCGUACCGAACCGUCACGGGCAUCUCAGUUUGGUGUAAGAAGCCUUACAACGAAUACAGGCAAGUCACCCUCAAUCCAGAAGGGGGUGCCUGCAGUAAUGCAACUCUGUUUGAUAACUGCCGACAGAAGAACAGCGAAUGCCAGGAGUUGCGCACUUGAAAACAAAGACCACUAGACAGUGACAAAGGAGUAUGACGUUACUUUAAAGGCUUGCGCACUCAACUGUCUGCGAAAUGGAGCUUUGUGCUCUUGUAUCCUACCUCUCUCAUUCGGCACAAAUCCAAAUAUUCCAUAAUAGUUCCAUAUUUGCAAUGCAUCCAAAUGCUAAAUUAUUAUUUAUUAUGUAAAUUAUAGACUUUGUACUUCAGUCAUGUUCUAAUGGUGACACAGUGAGGCGGGUGCGCUGAUGUUUGAUUCACUGUAUUUUCUUUUGAUAAAGUACCAACUGCACUGUCAAGUUACCAAUGCUAGAAGCCUGGAACUGAUAUGUUUUGUGUUUGUGUGCGCCAGCGCAAUUACUUCAACUUUCUUCUUACCAGCAAAAUCAACUUAAACAAAAAACAAAUAGAAUGUCACUUUCUGCCAUUUGAGUUUCCUUCCUGUUACAAAACUGAACUGAAACUCAAGAAAAUAUAGGCUACGUUAUGUGUCGCACAGUUUUUUUUCCCCUUGUCUAUCGGUUAACUAAAUGAAAUAUAUUACAAGUAUUUAUUCCUUGUGUGUGUAUAUGUACUGCAGAUUUUAUAGCCUAUAUAUGAGAUUAAUUUGAUAUAAUAUUUAGUAUUUUCACAUCUAUGUGGAAAAAACUAAUUUGUACUACUGUCCAUUUAAAAUAAAUGAAAAGAAACCUAGCAUAGUAGUUUUUUUUUUCUAUUGUAUCAAAAUCAUAUUGAACCGUGACCCUUGAACCGAGGUACUUACCGUACCGUUACACCCCUUUUUUUUUUAAUGCACCAAAAUGCCGAGUAUUUACAAAAUGUCACAAUAUACAGGCAAUUUGGCUUUAAUUAAGGCAGAACAUCUUUGUGUCCCCUUCAAAAAUGACUCUUGAUAAAUUUUGUGUUUAUUGUUUCCCCCAGCUGUUAGAUGACUGUGUUCUUUGCUGUAGUUUCACAUAUAGAGCAGUUGCGGUAGAUGUGUGUUUAUUCCUCUGAAUGAAAAUGUAAGUCAAACUUCUACCUUGCUGGGAAAUGCAAUAAUGUAACUGGAAGACAGAGCUAAGUAGUAACUGGUUACAUGUAAUCUAAAUUAUGUAAUCAGAUUCCAAAAAUUAAGUACUUGUAAUUAAGAGUAAGUUACAUUUUAAAUGUUCAUAAUCAGACUACAGUUACUUUUUUGUUGGUUACAUGAUUAUUCACACAAUAGCAAUACAUUAUUUAUCAUUUAUUGAUUCUCUCUAAUUCUUCUUUUUUUAUUUUUGAAAUGUUCUUUUCUAAAAUCUCAGAAAGUCUAGUUUUGUGGACAUUCACACAUACACUCUUUAAAAUAAAGGUGCUUCACGAUGCCAUAGAAGAACACUUUUUGUCUGAAUGGUUCCAUAAAGAACCUUUAACAUCUGAAGGACUUUUCUGUUUCACAAAAGGUUCUUUGUGGCAGAAGAAGGUUCUUCAGAUUAUAAAAACGUAAAAAGAGAUGGUUCUUUAAAGAACCUUUGACUGAAUGGUUCUUUGUGGAACUAAAAAUGGUUCUUAUAUGGCAUCACUGUGAAGAACCCUUUAAACACCUUUAUUUUUAAGAGUGUAGACUAGUCAUUAGUCGGGUGGUGACAGCAUUUUGUCAAUGGAUUUACAAAAAUCAUUUUGGGUUUAAGAAGUGUUUCAACAGUGCAUCAACUACUGAUGAACACAUUCAUUUUUAUUUAAAUUAUCACUCUGCAGGUUAUUUAUCCAUGUAUAAUUAUGUAUUAUUAAAACGCUUUUGUCUUUUUAACUCAUUAAACUGCACAAAAUAAGAAAUCGCUAUUCCUUAUUUGCAGACAUUUUUGUCAUCUGAACCUCUUUCACCUAAUAUAUACUGUAAAGGGGUAGGUGUAGUCAAUCAGUCAAUUCUGUAAAAGACAAUAUCUCCCUUUCUAUUGAACUUUGAGCGUUGUAACUUUUACACAUUACACAUGAACUAAAGGUAAAAAGUGAAAUCAUAAUCAGUCCCUUGAAGUACCCCUGAGAUUUUAAAAUAAAUGUUUUAAUAGUCGAGUAUCACAUUUGCAUUUUCACGGUUCUCUGACUUUGGUCAAUGGUCAUAUGGCGUGUAGGUAAACAAAAUAUUUCAUUUUUUUCAGUAAUUGAAUGAUUUUGAUUGUUAUUUUAAAAAGAUUUAUUUUAAUGUUACCUCAAUUUGGGAAACCUUGAUUUAAUUUAAUGUUUAAUGCACUUCAUGUUGAUAAUUACAAUGAAAGGAAUAUAUUUUGUAUUUUUACAUCAUUAUGCUACAAGAUUAUCCUGUUUAAAUCAAUGCAAAAAAGUUACAUCAAAAGUAAUCUAAAAGUAAUCUGAUUAUAUUUCCUAAAAUGUGUAAUGUAAUGGAUUAUGUUACUGACUACAAUGUAACGAGUCAUGUAAUUUGGAAUUAGUAACGGAGUACAAUUUGUAAAUAUUCUACCCAGCUCUGCUGGAACAUUAAAAAUAAAUAAACAAACUUAACAAAAUUACUUGUUUCCAGUUUCUAGGUUUUUUUAGUUUGUUUGUUUUUUGUUUUUUUGGUUUUUUUUUUUAGUUUAUUGUUUAGUCAAGUAGAUUUCGAUUUAAUGUUGUUAUAUCUGGAUAAAUUCACUGAUUGUGGAACCUUAUAAAUACCAGGCACCUUUAAAUUUAUGAUCAGGGAAAGCAUGGAAAUAUAUUCUAUUUAUCUUCAGCUCUGAACUAUUUUUUUUAUCAGCUCAGUUCAUUCUUUGUUGUUUUUCUAGUAUACUGUAUGUACAUAUACU